AUGGCCCAACGGCGCGUGAUCGACCAGUUGGUCACUGGUGGUGCUAGCGGUGAGCAACAACAUGAACCCUUACCCCCUGGCCAAUCUGAACCCAUACUCUUACCUUAUACUCAAACCUCUGUUACCUCACAAGUUAUGAAUCCACCUGAAGAAGCUUUCACUUAUCCCACUCAUGGCCCACCACCUACUUAUGCACCUCACAUCCAAACUAAUCCUCCUCAUGUCCAAAUUUUCCAGAAUUAUCCGCCCAUUACUAUGAGCAUACCUUUCAAACCACAGGGACCACAUUAUUACUCAACCGCUGAACCAUUCACCCUAGACACCGCCGUUCAAGGGAAAGCUGAAGCUGGGGGGUCAUUCGUGCCCGUGGACAAGAAUUUACUAAAGAGAUUGGAUAAGUUUGAGGAAUUUAUAAGGAAAAGCCAAGGUUUGAGCAAGCAAGGAGGUCUAGACUACAACGACCUGUGCCUGUUUCCGGAUAUGCAAUUGCCGGUGGGUUUCAAAGCACCUAAUUUUACCAAGUAUGACGGAACUGGCAAUCCCAAGACCCACCUUCGGAUGUUUGCAAACAAGCUGGGAAGACCAAUAGACGAUGAGAAUCUGCCUGUGCGCUUAUUUCCCGAGAGUCUGGAAGGCGACGCCUUAGAUUGGUACGCCAAUUUGAAGCCUGAGGAUAUGAGAUCUUGGAUGGAUUUAUCGACUGCUUUUGUGAGGCAGUAUGAAUAUAAUUGCGAGCUCGCUCCGACGAGGACCACGUUGGAGGGAACCAAGAGGAAACCAUCGGAGGACCAUAAGACGUAUGCGAAAAGAUGGAGGAAGUUGGCUGCCAGGGUGGAGCCUCUCAUGACCGAAAAUGAAAUUGUUGGCACGUUCAUUAAAGCUCAUGACCCGCCCUACUUUGAAGAGAUUUUCCGUAUGACUGGGUGUUCCUUUGCUGAGAUUGUCAACAAAUUGGAAGAGUAUGACGAGUUUAUGAGGGCAGGCAAGAUUGUUAAUGUUUCAGCUUUAAAGUCGCUGUUGGAAGCUAUGCAAAGCCAAAACAGCAGCAGUAAAAAGUCUCAGUUUAAGAAGAAAAACGAGGAAGCUUCCUUUGUCUGGAACCAAGGUUCUUCUUCCCGGCCUAGAUACCAACAAAAUUCCGCAUAUCCACCCCGUUACCUAUACCAACCACGCCAUCGACCUGUCUACAAUACCACAAUUAACCACCCCCGUCCUCGACCAAAUUACCCAGACACACCGCCAACGCCAUUUCACAUUUCUCCACCAAACUUCCAAAUUAGAUCGCGCCCUCCCUUCAACCCAAGACCUAUUCCACCCUCCAACCCAAAUUACCACCAUCAACAAGCCAGUGACACCCAAAAUCCAACCCCAUACCGAACCUUCACCAAUCUAGGUCGGCCCGUUGACCAAUUGUAUGAGCAAUUGAAAGCCGCUGGAAAAAUUGGCACUAUACCUCCUAAAACCUAUUCCAAAGGAUUUCCCAUUGGUUACGAUCCUCAAUCAUUUUGUGCCUACCAUUCAGGAGCCCCUGGACAUUCAACUGCCAAUUGCUGGGCGCUUAAGCAUAAAAUUCAAGACAUGAUUGAAUCCGGAGAUAUAGUCCUGAGGAGGAGGGACGAACAAGGUCCAAAUGUUAGUAAAAAUCCUCUUCCUACACACAAGGACACCGUGGGAGUUAUUACUAUUAAUGAAGAGAUUGAGAAACCUGCACAAUUCAUUGUAAACGAAGCCAAGAUAAUGGGAGUCAUCGGAAAACCAUUCAUACUGGAGGAGGAAGCCUAUGAAAUCAAGGAAAAUACCGAUCCAUUUAUUUUGGAAAUGAUACCUUUCGAAUGUGAGCCUUCAGAGCUGGCGGUACUUGAAUUGCCUGAGCAACCUCCCAUUCUUAAUCUACAAGAGGUCCCGUGGAAUUAUAGCGAGCCCACGCUAUUAAUUGGAGGAGAAAAGGUGCCCAGAAAGGAAGUGGACGCCAUUACUAGAUCUGGAAGAAUCAUAGGGAAACCCGCAGUUGAUGAGCCCUCAAAAGCGAAAGAAAAUGCUGUUCCGACAAGACCAAUUGUGACUGAUGAAGAGGCCUUCAAUUUCCUUAAGAUGCUGAAAAAAAGUGAGUAUAAGGUGGUCGAGCAAUUGGACAAGUUGCCCGCUCAAAUUUCUAUAUUGAAUUUGCUUCUAACCUCGGAACUUCAUCGAGAAGCUUUGCUCAAGGUCCUAACUGAGGCUCAAGUGCCUAAGAAUAUUCCUGUGGAUAAAUUCACUCAUGUAGUUGAACAUGUUUUGGCUUCAAAUCAAAUUUCUUUUUCUGAUGAAGAUUUGACUUCGGAUGGGAUUGGGCACAAUAAAUUGGGAUUUCAAGAAGCUAAACUUCGGCCAUCUGCCAUUGUGGUGAGAGGAUUUGAUGGCGCGAAAAGGGAAUCAAUAGGGGAAGUGGAUUUGGUGCUGGAAAUCGGACCUGCCCAGUUUCAAGUUAUGUGCCAAGUCAUGGACUUCUCAAGUGUUUAUAAUGUUCUUCUCGGACGGCCUUGGAUUCAUACUUCAGGCGCUAUACCUUCUUCACUCCAUCAAAUGUUGAGAUUUGUGGUGAAUGGCCAGUUGAUUACGAUAUUUGCUGAGGAAGAUUGCACUAUGAUCAUCAAUCCUGCAUCGGAAGAUGAUGGCGAUAGAAAAGCUCUGGUUUCCCCUCACCAUGUAGCUGACAUUGUUUCGGUGGGUAGGGCAUCCAAGGACAAGGCGGCAGUGGAAGUGAAUUUACCUGAAACCAGUGUUAUGAUGGCCAAAGAGCUUAUUCGAGGAGGUUAUGAAAUAGGCAAGGGUCUUGGGCGCAACCUACAAGGGGUCUUGGAGCCAAUAGAACUUCAAGGAAAGAAGGAUACCUUUGGAUUAGGGUUUCAACCUACUGCCAGAGAUAAGAAAGAAAUGACGGAUCGCAAAAGGGCGGAGAAAGAAGGGAAGCAACUUAUCAUGAGCAUCCCACCGUUGUACUGUACUUUUCCUUACCCAUCAGAGGUGAUUAGAUCUGUGGUAGACCCGAUCGAGGGAGUGGAGGUUGGAUUAUCUGAGCUAUUUGUGGGGGUUAUUUCUGAAGGGGAGCCAUGGUCAAAAAUAAAACACAUUGACCAUUUGGAUAUCAUUAUUCUGGAAUUUGAUGAUUGUGAUCUCGAUAUCCCUCACGACUUUGAAAUUUUGGAAUCCGAAAUUCAAGACGAGAGCGAUAACGAGGAAGAAUCUGAAUCUUUAUUAAAUGAUUUUGAACAGUAUGAGGAGAAAUCCAAACCGAACUUAGAAGAAACAGAAGUUAUUAAUAUUGGCACUGAGACUGAGGUUAAGGAGAUAAAAAUUAUCAUUCACUUGAAUAAGAAACAGAGAAAAGAAAUGAUUGAGUUUUUGACCAUGUUUCAAGAUGUGUUUGCCUGGUCCUAUAAUGAUAUGCCUGGAAUUUCAACAGAUAUAGUGGUCCAUCGAUUGCCAACCGACCCGAAUUUUCCACCAGUGAAACAAAAACCUCGCAAGUUUAAGCCAGACAUGAGCCUCAAAAUUAAGGAGCAAAUCGAGAAGCAGCUAAAUGCUAGAAUCAUUAUGGUGUCUCAUUAUCCCAUUUGGCUUUCAAACCCUGUACCUGUUCCAAAGAAAAGUGGAGAAGUGCGAGUCUGUGUCGAUUACAGGGAUCUUAAUAAAGCCAGCCCGAAAGAUGAUUUUUCGUUGCCGAACAUUCAUAUUCUUCUGGACAAUACCGCAGGACAUGAGAUUGAAUCAUUUGCUGACUGUUUCGCUGGGCAUCACCAGAUCUUAAUGGCAGAGAAAGAUAGGGAGAAAACUGCUUUUAUCACGCCAUGGGGGACAUUUUGCUAUCGGGUAAUGCCAUUUGGAUUGAAAAAUACCGGAGCCACUUACCAAAGGACCAUGACCACCCUGUUCCAUGAUAUGAUUCAUAAGGAGAUGGAGGUUUACGUGGACGACAUCAUCAUCAAAUCCAUGAGAGCGGAGGAUCAUCUGAUUGAUUUGGAAAGGUUAUUCGAAAGAUUGAGAAGAUAUGAUUUGAAGCUAAACCCUGCAAAGUGUGCAUUUGGGGUCCCUACCGGAAAGUUAUUGGGAUUCAUUGUCAGUAAGAAGGGUAUUGAGAUAGAUCCGGCAAAGAUUAAAGCCAUUCGUGAAAUGCCAGUACCAAGAACGCAAAAGGAUGUAAAGAGUUUUUUAGGGAAGAUUAACUUUAUCGGGAGGUUCAUCGCUCAGUUGACCCAUACGUGUGAGCCUUUGUUCAAAUUAUUGAAGAAAAAUGUGCCAUUGCAUUGGAGUGGAGAAUGCCAGCAGGCGUUUGAUAAGAUCAAGGACUAUUUAUUACACCCUCCAGUUUUAGUACCACCCAAACCUGGACGACCUUUGAUCAUGUAUCUAUCGGUGUUGGACGAAGCUAUGGGGUGUGUAUUGGGACAACACGACGAAUCAGGGAAGAGGGAGCAAGCCAUCUAUUACCUCAGUAAGAAGUUCACUGCGUAUGAAGCCAACUAUUUUUUUCUGGAGAGGAGUUGCUGCGCUUUAGCUUGGGCCGCACAAAAGUUGAGGCAUUACUUGCUCAGUCAUACUACUUACCUCGUUUCCCGCUCCGACCCUUUGAAAUAUCUGUUGGAAAAGCCUAUGCCGACAGGACGUAUGGCCAAAUGA